AUGGAGUUCUAUCAAGGUUUGGACUAUUAUAGCUCAGAGGGGAUUGUUGAGGAGAUAUUUGAAUCUCUUGAGCUUGCUUUUAUUAUUAAAGCAUUCGGAUUUGAUGAGGAUGCCAAGGAUUUUCCUGGGAUAGAACUAUUUGUAGCCAGGUUUGCCUCUCAUCUCUACUUCGAGCUUUCAUGUUUGCCUCUUACUUCUACUUCAAGCUUUCAUGAGCCUCUGCUCUUUCUCCCCGUAGCUAGGAGGUGCCGAUCUCCUGAACUGCACCGUCGCUUUGUAAAUGCUCUGCAACAACUCGGUGGAUCUCAGGUGGCCACACCAAAGGAGAUCAGAGAGCUGAUGAACUUUGAUGGCUUGACAAAUGAUGAAGUGAAAUGCCAUUUACAGAAGUAUCGAUUGCCUACUAGGCGCCCAAAUGUGUCAGUUUCUUCUGCAAAUUCUAACCAGCAAAACCCUCCAUUGGUUCUCUUGAGCAACCUUUGGCUUCCCCAUGAUAAAUUAUACGACCAAACUUCUUCUACUCCUUCUGGUUCUUCUUCAUAAAGCUACCAACCCAUGAGAAAAAGCACUUCCUCAAAGUUUGGUUCUCCUCAAGGUCCACUUCAAUAUCCAGGAAAAGCUCGAACAUCUGUUAAUGGAGAUAGCGGUGGAGAAGAAUAUGGUUUAUCUGAUGAAGAAACCAAUUAACUCAAAACAAAAAAUUAUCAAAUACUGACAUAAAGAAACAUAGGAGUUGGUGACCCAUAGAGGGUUAUCAACAUGUCCCCAGAGGUGCUUGGGCUCAGUCAAUAGUUGAAAGAGCUUGGGCGGAGAGAUUUUGCAUACUUACAGUUCUCUCUCUUAUUUUGGUGUUUUUUUACUAUUUUUUAUGUAUAAAGAGGUUUUAUGUAAACAUCCACCGAGUGUAUCUAAGGAACAUGGUUUUGACUGUCCAUAGAACCUUUCCUGGUCUUCUUUCUGUGUAAAAGAUGAUUGGAGUAGAUAAUGAAAAUAAUAAUGACAU